AAUACCGCCACGCUGAUAAUAUACAGGUCUGGCGACCGACCACCUACAGAUACUAUAGAUUCUUGGAUCACAAUACAAAAAUAUUUAAAAAUAAUAACCGCGACAAAAAUAGCAGUCAACGUUUUGUCGGUCGGUUCGGCCUGGCGAAAAGGACGAAACAGAAACAACAAAUUUUCCGAGAGUCGAUCACAGCCAGUGGAAAGUCGGUGCGCGAACGUAGUUUGGCUUUUCCGCGCGUUUCCCCGUUCGUAUUCAGUGUCCGUAUUAAACUAGUGCAGUAGAGGGUGUUAUCGUUACGAAAGUGCUCCCUUUAUAUGGAUCUAAUGCGGUAUUACCAAAGGUGACGCAAAUGUUCAAGGUUUCAUGGCACCACGUAAAUUGCUUGUGGAAAGAAGGACACAAAAAACAUGUUAAUAUCCUGAAACGAGCACUUCAUCACAUAGACUGAUUUCGCCCGUUCUUAGGACAGCAUUCUUUCUACCAAAAAAUGUCCUAAUAUGGGUCAGCAGCCUUGGAUGCUGGUUCGCAUGGCUGCCAUAUUUUUUAUGACUAAUCAAACUCUAGCUUUAUCGGAUAUAUUUGAGGAAGGGAAAUCUGACAAAGAAAUCCUGGAUAAUCUUCUAAAAGCAACGCGCUACGACAAACGACUCCUGCCACCAGUUAGAGAAUCACUGACUGUUAACGUAAGCGUACUACUGCUAAGUCUGGCUUCUCCUGAUGAAUCAAGUUUGAAAUACGAAGUAGAAUUCUUGUUGCAACAGCAGUGGUACGAUCCGAGAUUAAAAUACUCCAACCAAAGUCAGUACAAUUAUCUGAAUGCCAUUCAUCAUCACAGCGACAUCUGGAUACCGGAUACAUACUUUAUAAUGCACGGGGAUUUCAAAGAUCCGAUCAUCCCGAUGCAUUUUUCGUUGAGGAUUUAUAGAAAUGGGAGCGUGAAUUAUCUUAUGAGGAGACACCUGAUAUUAUCCUGCCAGGGAAGUUUACAUAUUUUUCCCUUCGACGACCCAACUUGUACAUUUUCAAUGGAAAGUAUAUCAUAUGAAAUGACGGCCAUAAAGUACGUUUGGAAAAACGACGAGGAUGUUUUGCGAAAGUCUCCCAGUCUGAUGACCCUUAAUGCUUACCUCAUAAAUAAUUCAACGUUAAUAUGUCCAAUAAAAUCAAGUUGGAGAGGAAAUUAUAGCUGUCUAAUGGUAGAACUGAUAUUUACCAGAGACCGAGCUUUUUAUUUUACAACAGUAUUUAUACCUGGUAUAAUAUUGGUUACGUCGUCAUUCAUCACGUUUUGGUUAGAGUGGAACGCUGUACCUGCAAGAGUUAUGAUUGGUGUCACUACAAUGCUCAAUUUUUUCACAACUUCAAACGGAUUCCGUUCAACGUUACCGGUAGUGUCGAAUUUGACGGCGAUGAACGUUUGGGACGGCGUCUGCAUGUGUUUCAUUUACGCUUCCCUUCUAGAAUUCGUUUGUGUUAACUACGUUGGAAGAAAACGACCGUUACAUAACAUCGUCUAUAAACCAGCGGAAAACAUUCUAGCACAGAGUAACCAAAACCAAAACCAAAAAAGAAAUUCAAUGCCAGUGGUUGUUCCUAACGAAAUCAUAACUUGCACCAAUUGCGGACCAAAUCCAUGUACACACACUGCGAAUAAUGGAUGUCCAGAGGUAUCUUUUUUGCAGGUGAGAAAAAAAGAACCUCCGCAUCCGAUCAGAGUAGCAAAGACCAUAGACGUCAUCGCCAGAAUCACAUUUCCUACAGCCUUCGCAAUAUUUCUGAUAUUUUUCUUUUACCACUACAAGAGCUUCACCAACAUCGCGCACGACGAUUAAACAAACCGAAAACCAACAACAAAAAACUUUUUAAGUUAACUUAUACUUAUUGAUAGUUCAUAUUGAAACUUUGUUAAGCGAUUGUGAUAAGACGAGGCCAGAUUGCCUUUAUAUUUAUUGUAAAAAAUUUAAACUUAAGAGAAUUACCUUUUAAAUAAGCGUGAAUUUAUAUGAUUGUCAAUUUUUAAUGAUCGAUUGUUUCACAUUUAUCCGGCAUAGUGGUCCAAGAUAAUAUACACCUGGGCAAAAAUAACGCAUCACAGAUUUAAUAAAUAAAAGCAUAAACUUGGUCACGCAAGAGUUGCUAUUUACAAUACAUAAAUGAACACCUUUUAAUUACUCAUCCUCAGCUUCAAAAAUAUUUUUUCGAACUUCUUAAUCUUGUAUUCUUUCUGGGCAAAGUCGCGUAUGUAAUAUAACGAUUUUCAUUAUCCAAAGCACAUUUAAUAGCUGUCAAGUGAAACUUCACACUUGUCCUGACCACAAAAUAGUGACCGACAAUAAAUUGGUCUAGCACUUGUCUAGCAUUCUCAAAAUGAUUAUAAUUCUCUUCCUGUUCAUUUCGAGAAUUUUUUGGAAACAACUCAAAUAAAUUAACGACAUCGAAUUAAUUAAUUGCUGUAUGAACUGAUAGUGAGGUUAAACUGUCAAUAAAAGGCUAAAUACGUUUAUUCCAAUACCAUAUAACAUACUUUAACCCAUUAUUGGUUAGAAUUAAUAAAUAUCACAAAUACAUUUGAAAUUAUUAAAAAACAAAUUUAGUAAAAGAACUUAAUCCGAGAUUUAAAUUAGUUUUUCCGCGCCUGUCAUUUGACCUAUGAGUCGACUAUUUGUCAAGGGUAAUACUACAAGAAAUGAGAAUUUUUUAAGAACAUUUUGUUCUUGCUUUUGGAAAUUUGCAUAAUUUGUAAGGAAACAACAAAAUAUUCUUAAAAAAAUUCUCACCUCGCGUCAGGUUUGGUAAAUAUGCUUAAUAUUGUUUAGCCUGCUAUCUAAGUUUCUGAUAGCCAAGAGCCCUUUAGUCUCUUAAAGAUCAUUUUAAAAUCCGGAGCUAUUCUAAAGGAAUACAAUUUCCACGAAAACUUUUUUGUCCUUCGACAUCUACUAAUAUUUUUUGUCAGCUACCUGAAAUUUCCUGGCGGGUUAUUAUUGUGGCCUUCAUGUGAGGAAUACAGCCAAAGAACAACUUUAUGCGAUCUUUUGACAUUUUACACAUUGAGAAAACUGUAAU